CAGCUCCAUAAAAACCCCGAGAGCGACUCUUCUUCAUUCAUUCUCUUCCCUGCGGAGGAUAACGACUCAUCCAAGACGUCCAUCUCUCAGAGAUCUUCCAAAAACAGGACUAUUUGGGAAUUAUCGCCCAGCAAACAAGUGAAAAAGAAAUGAAUUCUGUGUGCAUUGCAGCUCCUGUUUCCAAUACAAUGAACACUGACAUCCAGCAGUCUAGCAGCCCAGCUUGCCUGUGGAGACCGUGGCUCAUGACAAGAAAGGAUGCACAAACUGAAUGCCGGAGAACCAAGUUGGCCUGUCCUUACUCCAGGCCAGAAAUGCCCAGUAACACUACAACAGAUGGCAAAAUGCAGUCCUUCCAGCACCCUGUCAGGCUGUAUUGGCCCAGAUCGAAAUCCUACGACUAUCUCUUCAGCGAUGGCGAGGCCCUGCUCAGAAAUUUCCCAGCGCAGGCCACCAUAAACUUCUACGAUGAGUCAGACAGCGAGGAAGACGAGGACAGCUGUGAUGAAGAUGACGACAGCGACGCUGAGGAGUGUCUUAAACUUAACAGUCACUUCACCAGUUACAACUGAAUGUUCAUCCUCACCCGUCUUUGCAACAGUGACUUUACGCUGAGGAAAAGAUCAUAAAUUUAACAUCAACACUGGAUAAUGCCACAUCGCGCU